CUGUACUCAGUGAGUUCUGUUUUUAACGGGUAUAGGGGGAAUGAAAUUUUUGUGUCUGGUAAUGGUUGUGUUUUAGGAGAUCUUCGUUUGAAGUUGCACCGUAUCUUUAAUCUUUCGCUUGACCGGCCAAGGUUACGACCAUCUCAGUCUUUGUUUUCCCUCAAAGACUCACGAUUUUUGAGAAACCCACAUGAGAAAAUUACGAACUAUAAGCCAGUGGGUCAUGUUUCUUUAGUAAAGGGCUCCUAUGAUUAUCAUCACUAUAUGCAGGAAGGCUUUGACGAUUGCGGAUGGGGUUGUGCUUAUCGGUCGCUGCAAACAAUAUGGUCUUGGUUUAAUUACCAAGGUUUCACGGAAAAACCUGUUCCUACUCAUCAAAUUAUUCAACAGAGUUUAGUCGAUUGCGGCGACAAGAGUUCGAGUUUUGUUGGUAGCAGACACUGGAUUGGUUCUACAGAACUUGGAUUUUGUUUAAAUAAUAUGCUUGGUAUUGAGUCCCGUAUCAUCACAACCAAUUCGGGAAGCGAGGUUGCUGAUAAUGUUAGACAGUUGGCUGUGCAUUUUGAAACUGCCGGGACACCUGUAAUGAUUGGUGGUGGACAGUUGGCUCAUACUAUAUUAGGCGUAGAUUUUAAUCCAGACACUGGUGACUGUGCUUUUCUCGUUUUGGAUCCUCAUUAUACUGGGGAAGAUCUUAUCCAGCCGGUUCUGUCAAAAGGUUGGUGUGGGUGGAAAACUCCAGGUUUUUGGAAGCCCGAGUAUUUUUACAACCUUCUCUUACCAACACCUCCUUCAAAUAUUAUUUAA